AUGAUGCGCAACGUAGCUUCGCUAUCGCGCCGCUCCGUGGCGCUGCGCUCGUCUGUGACUGCGCGCGCCUUCUCCUCCUCUUCCGACUACGAUGUCGUGGUGAUCGGUGGCGGUCCGGGUGGCUACGUGGCCGCUAUUAAGGCCGCACAGUUGGGCAUGAAGACUGCGUGUAUCGAAUCCCGCGGCAAACUGGGCGGCACGUGCCUCAACGUGGGCUGCAUCCCGUCCAAGGCGCUUCUGCACUCGACGCACCUGCUGCACACGGCUCAGCACGACUUCAAGAGCUACGGCAUUGACGCUCCCGAAGUUAAGGCCAAUUUCCCGCAAAUGAUGAAGUCGAAGGAAAAAGCCGUUAAGACUCUGACUGGCGGCAUUGAGUCGCUGUUCAAGAAGAACAAGGUGACAUACAUUAAGGGACACGGUAAGAUUUCGGCUCAGGGCGAGAUCUCGGUCGCUCUGAACGACAACAAGGGCAACGAGACGGUGAAGGCCAAGAACAUCAUCAUUGCCACGGGCUCCGAGGUGACGCCGCUCCCCCCCGUGCCUGUGGACAACGCCGCCGGUAAGAUCAUCGACUCUACGGGUGCGCUGGAGCUUAAGCGCGUCCCGGAGCACCUUGUGGUGGUCGGUGCCGGUGUCAUCGGCCUGGAACUCGGCUCUGUGUACAAGCGUCUUGGCGCGAAGGUGACGGUCGUGGAGUUCCUGGACGCUGCUUGCCCCGGUUCGGACAAGGAGGCUGUCAAGGAGUUCACCAAGCUGCUGAAGAAGCAGGGACUGGAUUUCCAGUUCAACACCAAGGUGACGGCGUCUGAAGUGAACGGAGACGUGGUGAAGCUCACGACGGAGCCCUCGAAGGGCGGCGACGCGUCUUCUAUUGAGUGCGACACUGUUCUGGUGGCCACUGGCCGUCGCGCGUUCACGUCGGGUCUCGGAUUGGAGCAAAUGGGCAUCCAGACGGACAAACUCGGCCGCAUUGAGGUGGACGACGCCUUCCGUACGCAGGUGCCCGGUAUCUUCGCUAUCGGCGAUGUGAUCAAGGGCGCCAUGCUGGCUCACAAGGCCGAGGAGGAAGGCAUCGCCUGUGUGGAGAACAUUGCCGGCAAGCACGGCCACGUCAACUAUGGCGCCAUCCCUGGUGUCAUCUACACGUUCCCCGAGUUCGCGUCGGUGGGCAAGACGGAGGAGGAGCUCAAGGCCGAGGGAAUCGAGUACAAUGUGGGAAAGUUUCCCAUGAUGGCCAACUCGCGUGCUCGUACUAUCGCUGAGGCGGACGGUCUGGUGAAGGUGCUGGCCGACAAGAAGACGGACAAGCUGCUGGGAGUGCACAUCAUUGCUGGCAACGCUGGCGAGAUGAUCGCGGAGGGAGUGAUCGGCAUUGAGUACGGCGCUGCUAGUGAAGACCUGGCGCGCACGUGCCACGCCCACCCGACGCUGAGCGAGGCCUUCAAGGAGGCGUGUCUGGCGGCGUUCGACAAGCCUAUCAACUUCUAA